AUGUGCCACACCAGCUGCUCCUCGGGCUGCCAGCCAGCCUACUGUGUGUCCAUCCCCAGCCAGGCCUCCUGCUGUGUGUCCAGCCCAAGCCAGCCAUCUUGCUUUGUGCCCACGAGCUGCAAGCCUGCUGUGUUCAUUCCUGUGAGAUUCCAAGUGGCCUGUGGCAUGCCUGUGAGCUGCAGGCCUGCUGUGUGCCUCGUCUCCUCCUGCCAGUCCUCUGGGAGCUGCCAGCCCUCCUGUCCUACCCUGGUCUACAGACCUGUCACCUGUAGCAGCUCCCCCUGCUGCUGA